AUGGCCGACGAUUCUGACGCAACUCAGCCCUUCCAGCCGCUUGAUCUGAUAUUUAGCUGUAAUGUCUGCCACGACUCGAUCCGCGACAUCCGAGGGCCCAUGCAAGAUGGGAAAGAACUCGAGAAUAUUCGAAAACCAGUCGCGAAACUCUGGAUGACCGAAUGCGCCCAUCUUAUAUGUGCGAAACACCUUGAGGGUGGAGCUCCCCCUUUCCAUCCGGCUGGGCAAGCACCUCGAGCCGUCUGCCCGGUCUGUGUCGCUAGGCAGAACAAUCAUGCGCUCAAGCAAAUGUACGCCAUCGGUGGCUUCAGUAGAGGCGAAUACGACCCAGAUAUCCCUCAUCAUUUCUUCCAAUGCCCACCUGUGGCUCUUGACACCAAAGAUGGUGGUAUGGACGCGCUUCGAUUCCAGUUCCUCGGUCUCGUCACUUACGGGAUUGCGAUCGCCACCAAGUUCCGUGGAUUGCAGGCAGCACAUACCGGACUCAAGGAUCAGGCAGAAAAAUCGAAGCUGGAGAAGGCCGAGGCCGAGACGGAAAUACAGACGCUGACGGAGAGAAUAACGUUGUUGGAAGAAGUAGAGAGACGACACAAAGCCAAGCAGCCCGAGAUUGAGCAUUAUCUCCGCCAGUUUACUCUCGUGAAAAAAGAGCUGGAUCGUCGCAAUGAAGAUUUAACAGCUAUGGGUUACCCUCCACCUCCCAUUGAUUACACAUUUUCUCCUUCACGCCUGAUCGAGGACGACACAUCAGACGGAAGGAGGACGACUUCGCCCACCAGACUCAAAGGACGUGGAGAUAGGGCCGACCCAAGAGCCGUGGACGAUUCAUUGCCCAGUGUCUCGAGUAUCACGUUGAGAGGCGAUUCCUCAAGAGCUUACACCGAAGAUGAUCUACAGAGGACAGAGAACAAGAGGCAGAAAUUAGCCGAGUACAGCUACAAGCCGCAGAGCAUACAAACCCCGUCGGGAAAACCACCAGAUCGGGAGCGACCUGGAAUCAGACUGCCUCCACAAUCCUCAGUCAUACCAAAUGGUCCUUCCCGAAGCGAUCAUUUCCAGACCAUACCGAAGCUGAGUCAACUAAACAACCAGCAACCAAGUUUCGCCGGAUGGAGCAGCAACAGAGACCAUGUUGCCCAGCUGACAGACAUAUCUCGCGACAAACAAGAGUCAUGGGGUCGUACCGAUCCAGGCCAAUAUGCUGAAGCUAGAUUCGAAGAUCCACCAUACAUGAGUGGGGCCCUGGGUCCUGGCGACCAGAAUAUCUCGGAUUCUACAGAUCAGUCCAAACAGGCUAAGCAACUGAAAAGAAAGGUCCAGCCGGCCGAUAGCAUCGAUGAAAUCUCGCGGUCCAACCUCAAUACAGCAAAGCGACCUCGAACAAGCUCGUAUCUUUACCAGCAACGUGGCGCCGAAGAGCAUUCCGAGCACGAGCCGCGAGAUUCGAUCAGCUGCGGAAUCAUGGAGCACACAUUCGACAAGAACUUUCGCAGCUACUACCCAAUCAGCAUUUGA